CUUCUAUGAAAGCUCCAAUCGUCGUCAGCCAAUAGCGUGACGGUCGCAAAUUACUUCUCAAGCGCACAACACGGCUAUGUUCAGUUAAUACCAGAACAGUGUACGCGAGGCAUCGACACGAACACACGUAGCUCGUUGUUUCUACCAUUUCUUCUUCUCUCUUCUGUUAUUUCAAAAAACGUCGAUAGAUUCACUUUCGGCGUAAGCAAUCGAUCUCGAAAAAGAGAAGAAAAAGGUAUACGUGUGCAUCGUUGAUUAACGUUUAACGUUUUUAUUACUUUCUUUGAAAGUGCACGAAGCGUAGUGACGUUGGUACGACGACACACGACACUCAACGACGACGUACGUAUACGAACGAGCGGUGCCUACGAAUAGGCACGAACACGGCCGAGCUUGGCCGAACGAGAUCGAGCGAAGAAUGCUACGAAGACGAGUGAACGAAACGAUACGGAAGAUCCCUAAAACAGUGGUGGCAGCUGUUUGAGGCAGUACGGAGAUCGAAGGGCAUCGUCCGAGCUAUACGGAUCGGUGCGUCCUAAGCGAACGACUACGACGACAUUAAUUAUAUACGUAUAACGCGACGCACGAUUCGUUCGUGCGAAAAACGAAUAAUCGUCGGUUCUUUCGAAAUCUCAUCGCAGAGUUCUUUUUCUUUUUUCUGAUCUUAUUCUUUUUUUCGUGUGUGAGACUGCGCAUAGUCGUAACGAAGAACAUACAUACGUAUAUAUACGUGACAUAGAAAAACUUGUAUACAUAUAUAUAUAACCACGUUGCGAACGCGUCGCGUGUUGUGUAUUAGAACGAGGAGAAACAAGAGGAGGAGGGUCCAAGGUGUAAGCACGAAUAAAAGAGAGAACGAAAACGCAAAAGAAAAUGUGGUGCUCUUCGUCGGGGAGGAAUGCUGAACAAACAGAACAUCGGGAUAAUGUUGCAGACAAUAACGCUGAGAAGUGGCAGAAAGAACGAGAGGAUUCCAGUCACAUUGAUUCUGGAUUUCUUUCCGGUGGAAAUCUGCAGGUCAGUUCCGAGCUCGAUUGCUCGGAUUUGGACGUUAUACCGGAUUCUGGUGCCGUUGCGCCGGAACCAAUGAGAGCAGAUAGUGGCGUAGAUCUCGGUCUCAGCGAGAGCUUGAGCCAGCUAACCUUAAAGCAAGUAACUUUGAAUCCUUUGGCGAGUGGGAAAAUACAAACUGAGCCCACCGUUGAACUUGCACCUCUCACCGAUCCUAAAAUCGUCGUUCUUGAGCAACAACAGUUGCGUCAAGGAGUCAAAGUUCCAACUAUUGAAAGAAAUAUCGGAACGUCCGAAAAUCUUGAGAAGCGAAUCAAUAACGACGAACCUUGGCAGCUUUAUUACACUCAGGACGAUGAAGGAGACACGCAGCUACAUAUCGCUAUUGUUCAAGGAUUUUUGGAGGCCGCGUUCAGUCUCAUUAGGAUGGCACCCCAUCCAUGCUUGCUCGAUAUCUUGAAUGACGACGGUCAAUCACCAUUACAUUUGGCUGUGUUAACGCGUCAACCGAGAAUCGUUAGACGUUUAAUACUGGCAGGUGCGAAUCCGUCUCUAAGAAAUUUCCGUGGUAACACGGCACUUCAUUUAACAUGCGAGAACGGCGAUCUGAGUUGUGCCAAGGCUCUCACUGAUCCCUUGUCUCCAGUUGAAAGAAAUUAUCUUUUACCUGGCAAAAAGAUACCAGCACUGCCGCAAAAUUUAGAACAACGAAACUAUGAUGGAGAAAUGUGUCUGCAUAUAGCUGCUUCCGGUGGUCAGGUUGAGCUGGUGCGUUUGCUGGUCAGACUUGGCGCUGAUCUUGAGGCACGCGAAGCACUCUCAGGCAAGACUGCCCUUCAUCUAGCCGUCGAACGUGGCUGUCGAUCUGUAGUAUCCUUUCUACUACAUGAAUGCAGACCUUGCUUGGAUACGCCGACGUACGCGGGUAUUACUGUUUACCAGUUUGCUCUUUGCUUCGAUGGACAACUUGCUAGGGAACUCGUCAGAUUGGGUGCUACUCCAGAGCCUCUUCCUGAGACCGAUUCCGACGAAAGCGAUGACGAGGACGGACAAACUAACGAUUAUCUGCCCUCGAUAACAAGGCUCAAACAACAGAACGUUGUUGGCGUAAGGGUAUAAAAGAAAUCGAGGAGAAGUGAAAAAAUUAAAUGAUAAAGUGGAAUUAUUAUUAUUUCUUUUCUUUUCUUUUCUUUUCUUUUUUUUUUUCAAGAAGAUAGUAGAUCUGCAUGUUGCAAUUAUCGAAACGUGUUUAUAUCCUCAAUCUUAAGACACAUAUUAUACAGGAAACUAUAUAUACAUAUAGUUAUUUUUCUUUUUUUUUCUUUUCUUUUUUUUUUUUUACAAAUUAUUUCAAAUGUGUUAUCAAUUUUUCAUAAAGGCUAAUCUAAAAUACAAAAAAGAAAACUUAUCUUUUUAAAACAAAUGAAACGAGAUUUCUCUGUUAAUAGUGAAGUCCCAUUAAUUACAAUUGUGUUUUUUUUUUUCCCAUUAAACGAAUCAGCUCUUUUGUUCCAUUUAAUGAGAGUAGAAUUUAGGUCAAUAGCUAUUUCGGCAAAACACUUAAUGUUAGCUAUGUAUAUAACUCACUAAUGUGAGCUGUCCCAUGUAUAUAGUGUCUAUUUCCUAUAGAUUUGCUCACAUAUGAAUUUUCUUUCCCUCGUUUGUUUGCUUUAUUCAUUGUCGAAUUUUUUCGUAGCUAUAUCUUGUAAUUUCUUUUUUUAAGUAUAUCCUUUUGUAUUUGUCGUAUAUAUUGACGUCGAAGACGCUUAGUCUUUUUGAAACAUUCGAUGAAGUUAUUAUUGAUGAUGAGAAGUAAGAAACGAUCGUUAUCCUUCAACCAACUUACUUCUUUCUUCUUGAAUCUUAUCAUUUUAAUUUGUUUCACUCGUUAAGUUCGAAUCCUUUCUCUAAUUAUUUCUCUAAUCUCGCCAUCAUUCCUUUCAUUCCCUCUUUGUCAUUGAUCAAUAUCGUUAUGUCGUUCGCUAGAGUUCAUAUUCUUCUUUUUCUUUGUCUUUUUUUUUUUACCCUAUCCGAUUCUCCGUUUUCUCUUCGACAUCUCUGUCUUGAAUUCUCUAGCUAUCCAAAAGCUUUUUUCUUCUCUUUUUCUUUCUCUUUCUUUGUUUCCCUUUAUCAUCCUCAUCCUACUCUUUGUUUCAUUGUGAACUUUCUCUAUUCUUUCUCUAUUCAUCUCUUUUUCAUUUACUACCAUACUCCUGCGUAGAAAGAAAGAAAUAAAUGUCUUAAAUUUGUUUAUAUAAACGAUCAAUGACAGAUCGUUCGUGCUAUGCAUUACUUUGCAUUAUAUUAAUGACUAUCUAUCUUGAUUCUUCGUCGAAUGUUCACUCUCUUUGAAUAUAUAAUCUUGACUUUGAGUUUUGCUUGAAUAAUUCGAUUGGCUUACGAUUUCUUUUUUAUUUUCACGACAAUACAUUUGUAUAUGUAUAUACAUUACGUAAUGUAAGAUAUACUGCGGAAAUUCUCGGCAAUUAAAGAAUUAAUAAGUGUAGAUAUACGCGCUCGUGUGUGUGUAAGAGUGUGUGAGUGAGUGAGUAUGUGUAUAGAUAUGUAACCCAUACAUUGACUCCAUAUAGCGUUACAAACUAUUUUUGUCGGAAUCGUUACAGUUAUUGACCCGUUGCAGUUAUUCUUUACAUUUUAUGGUACAAAAGAACUACAUUAUUUGAUGAACGUUUAUUAUAUAAUAUACAAAAAGAAAUUCAAACAAAAUUAAUAAAUGAUAAGAUAUAUCGAUAGUAUUCCAAAAAUUAAAAAAAAAAAAGGACGAUUCACUAUCCUAUAUUACCCUUUAGUUUUGUCAACCGAAGAUAAUUCUUCAAACAACGAACUAAAAAACAAUUCGACGCCACGGCUGCUCCUCGGAAUCUCUUCUAUUUUUACGUGAAUUUCUUUGUAUACCCUACAAAAAAAAAAAUAAUAUAAAUUCGACUCGAUAUGUAUGUACGUUCAAUUGGAAUAAUGUUAAUCAAGUAUCUAUCAUCAUUAGGUAGAUUAGUGUAUAUAGAUAUUUAUGUGUUUAGUAGCUCAUACAGAAUAUUAUGUUUAAGUGUGAUAUUUAUGAACGAUGUAUUUUCGGCGAUUCACUUACUCUUAACGUGGCCUUAGCGAUGCCUGAAGAGAGUUAUCUUCAUACAUUAUUAUACCAGUUAUAUUCAUCGUUUCCAUUGUACAUAUAACUAUAUUUUUCCUUUUAGAAUCGUUAAAUAGAUUAUUUACUAGUAAUUUUAUCAAGGAAAAAUGAAAGAUGAAGGAAAAAAAAAAUAAAACAAAAAAAUAAGAAAGAGAGAAAACGGUAACUUUACCGAUAUAACAUACAGACUAUUGUUAAAUAACGUCCAUAAUUAUUUUUUAGUAAUAAAAGCCCUUCAAAAAAGGGUCCUAUAUAAUCA